GCCGUCGGCAUCCUCUCGCUGGUUUCUUUUCUGUUUACAGACUUUACGUUUGUCAGGGCACAAAUUAAGAAACAACAAUUUGUUCGUGGUGGUUUCCAGCAGCGUUCGCUGACAGCUCACUCUUCGUUCGAUAUUUGACCAAAACAAAAUAUAUGCUCAUCAAGCCAUUUCAUGAACACAUGAGCCCUGAGCAUAAGGCAACUUUCAUCCAGGAACUGCAAAUCUUCAAGAAGACUGGACUGGAGAAGACUGGUUGCUGUAGCAGGUUCACAGUUGCUGGUGCAUCAGCCUGGGUGUUGGUCCACCAGGACCUCCCAUGUUCAAAAUGCAGAGAAUACCAUCUACAUAUGAAGAAUUCCUGGAAUUACGGCAUUUGAAAGAAUGGCCAGAAAAUCCUAUAGAAUCACACAAAAGAGAAGACUUAUUGAAAACCCUAUAUACAUCAGAUGCUCUAAAUGAGGAUUUUCAUAAAAAUGUGCCUCUGGCUACCAACAUCUUUGAAGCUUUGGAGGCCAGGGUUGCUGUGCAAGGGUUCCUUUUAGAAAAAUAUGUCUGCAAAAUCUUGCUUAUUUCUGAUGAUGACCUGCACCCACUAGCUGAAACAUUUAUUACUGAAGCUAAUAUUCCAGAAGUUUUUGAAACAAAAACCAAAGAAGACAAAACACAGGUGCUGAAUGGUAUUGUUGAUAAAGAAAAGGAAAGAAAUUUUGAGAACUGUGUAUUAACUGUUUUCAAAAAUAAUGAAUGCGUCAAACUCCCAGGACACAUGGAUGCUGCCCAGAUCUUAAACCUUAUUACCAAAACACAAAAUAUAAAAGGUGACAACUUAAAAGUGAUGAAAACAUUUUUUCUCUCGAAAGCUUCAAUAGCUGUUCUUCAAGAUUCUUUCUGGUGGCUUUUUUGUCAACAGUUUAAGCCUAAUCGUGAAGACCAAAACCAUCUUUUUGACAGAAUUUCGGCCAGUUUCACUGAUCUUUUCUGGAGUGUUCCCCACAAUGUCAAAGAUUUUAUUUUCAAUAUGUAUCCAGACUGCCUCUCGCAAGCAAUAUUUGUAGCAUUCUAUGAAGCAUUUCCAGAAUCUAUUGUACUUUUUAAUGACAACUUUAAAAGUGAAAUAAUGGACUUGAUUUUCCAAUGGGUGUCUGGAGUAAAGCCUGUUCCUUGUUCUUGGGCAAAGUGGGAUCUAAGCUUGCUGGAGAAGACAGUUCAUCAUGUGGAUAAAAUACAUAAUACUUUUAGACAGAAAGAUGAAGCUCAUACAUCUCUCCAAAUUGAUGCAGAACGGCAAUUGGACUUUAAUUUGGAUGACCUGAUUCAAGCGGCAAGAGAGACCUGUCAUUCAUCAGUGCUGGAAGUUAAAGAUGUACCAACUACAGAGUCUCACUUAAUUGGUCCGGGACCAGAAUUUCAUCAUGUCCUGUUUAAACUUGGAGGUCACAGCCCACUAAUAUCCAACUACCUAAAGAUGCAUCAAUUCCCAGGUGGUAAAGAAAAAGGCCAAAAUCAUAAAGUGAAGCAUGCUGAAAUAUCUCAGUUACCGCCAGUUGGCCCAACCUAUCAGGAUAUUAUUAAGGAAACUCGAAAACUCAGGCAAAAUUUAAGGAAAGAUUAUGCCAUGUUGGAAACUAAAACUCAAAAUGAAAUUGCUGAAAUACAGAAACAAAAGCAGAGAGUUAAUUUCCACAUUAACAAGAUGAAAAGUGAAGUCUUGAAAGGUGUAAAAGUGGACAGAGGCCUUUUGUUGGAUAAAUUGCAAACAACCCCAUUUUCCAGUCUGAUGUUCAUGAAAGAUAAGUUGACAAUCCAAGAAAUCAUUGAUUCAGUCAAAGAUCAUGAAUAAAGCCAAUAUUUCUAGAUUUUUUUUCUUCUGUGUUAAUAUGUAAUGUUUAUUGAACUUUAAAACAAUAAAGUUAAUUAUAUAUUUUGUGCAUUUUUUUUUACAGUUAAGAAUAGAUUUCAGCCCCUUGCACAAGACAGCUCACAAAUUCAUGUUCCUGUACCAAUAAAAGUGACAGCACAUGGCGUGUUUUGUAGCUGCC